GCAGCUUGUGCCACAAGACAAACAAGAUGAAUAUGAGCUCAAUGCUAAUGAAUACUGGAAUGAUUUCUAUAAAAUCCAUGAAAAUGGCUUCUUCAAGGACAGACACUGGUUGUUCACUGAAUUUCCUGAACUGGCCCCAAACCACAACCUAAGUCAACCUGAGGCUUCUGCAUAUGAAAAUGAUAGCACCAGACACGCCAGGCUGGGGAGGUGUGGAAAUGGUCCUUGUUCAUUGGAAACCAGAAUACAAGAGCAUCAUCAACUGGACUUGAUGAAAGACAGUAGCAAUAUCAUCCACAGACUCAGCACAGAUUGUGAAGCAAGACUAAAACUGGGUGACGUGAAACAAAGUGAUGGUGACUUCCCGGGAUCCUCUGCCACUUACCGUAUACUAGAGGUUGGCUGUGGUGCUGGAAAUACGGUCUUCCCGAUUUUGCAAACCAACAAUGAUCCAGGGCUCUUUGUUUAUUGCUGUGAUUUUUCCAACACUGCUGUGGAUCUUGUCCAGAGCAAUGCAGAGUAUGACUCUUCCCGCUGUUUUGCCUUUGUUCAUGACCUGUGCAAGGACCAAAGCCUGUACCCCAUGCCAGAGGAGAGCCUGGACAUUGUUAUUCUCAUCUUUGUCCUGUCAGCCAUUCGCCCGGAAAAGAUGCAGUGCGCCAUUAACAGACUGAGCCGGCUUCUGAAACCCGGGGGAAUGAUUCUGUUACGAGACUACGGCCGUUACGAUCUGGCGCAGCUUCGGUUUAAGAAAGGUCGGUGUCUGUCCGAUAACUUCUACGUGAGAGGUGAUGGGACUAGAGUUUACUUCUUUACACAAGAUGAACUGGAUGCUCUUUUCACCACGGCGGGGUUGGAAAAAGUCCAGAAUCUAGUGGAUCGGCGCCUGCAGGUGAACCGAGGGAAGCAAGUGACGAUGCAUCGAGUGUGGAUCCAGUGUAAAUACCGCAAGCCCUUCCCCGCGGGUCAUGGGGAGAAUGGGCAUGCUCGUUAGCCAGGCGGGCCGGGUGCACGUGCCAGAUUUGGACAUGCUGGGAACUCUGCUCCAUGAGGGGUGUAGCACUGAGCCGACCAGCUGGGCGCUGAAUUCCGGCGCCUUCUGGAAAGGCCAGACAGGUGUAAGUUCCCAUGCGUUCCAUGCAAGGUGGAGUUGUGCUCAGGACGACCCCGUGACGCUACCUAGUUCCUAGUCUGGUUUUAAAAUGAAUGGUGACGACCAGUUUACAUGAGGCGCGAACUUGCUGUCUGCUGGUGAGUCUGAGCAAAAUGAGCAACGGUUCCUCCGUCCGCUGAGCGUCUGCACGAAAAGGAGCAGGUUGGACCUUCUCGUCAGGUUGGGAAGUUGGCAGGACAGUGCGGUUCAUUCCAUCCACCCCACGGGCCUCUCAUCCUCCUGCUGCAUCACUGUUGGUCGCCUGCUGCUCUGGGCGUUGAAAACCAAAGUCACGUGACCCGCAGAUCAGCUACAUUGAGAGGUGGGUUGCUCUGACAGGUUUAAAAACGUCAGGCUGGCUAGUGAGUGCAGGUUCGUUCCAGCCCUGUGCCGCUCCGAGAUCGCCUUCCGCCCUCCAUAAGGUAAUCAGCUGGCUCGCUGUGGCGGACAGUACCAAGUAGAAGCCAAUCACAGGGUUCAAAAGCUCCUCACUUUGGGAGCCGGGUUGUGUUGGUGUGCUUUUAACUCUGGAAUCUGUUUUAAAUUGAGUGCGAGGUAGCGUCUGUGUUCCAGUUGUACCGCACAGAACUGAUUUUCAGAAAACCCUGCCGGCCAUGGCUUACACCACUCCUGAAGCCUUUCCAGGCAAGCGAGUGUGCUGUACCGCAGCUGAUCUCUGCUGUGAAUAUCAGUACAACCCAUUCAGUCAAGCCGGGCACAUGGUGCGGUAGAACAGCACUCCCCAAAGGGAGCUACUCCCCGUCUAUCUUCCACCACGACCGUUCCCCAGUGCCGACCCCUCGCGGGAUCUGUGUUGGGGAACGCUCAGCCUGACAACUUCCUACUGGCUUGUUUUGGCCAGCGUUGCUGGGGGACAGCUGCCCCCAGCAACGGUCACUUCCCUCUCCAUAGGGUGGUGUGUCCCAAGGCUGGGCCCGGGCGCAGAGAUGACCCAGCACAUCCCUGGAGCCGCCCUUUGGGUGCUGCACAUGCUGAUGCUGUUUUCAUGUUUUGAGUCAGACUCUGAUCCGGACCUUUGCCUGUAAGUGAAGAGCUGGAAGGGAAGCUCCUGUUACAUGUGCCACGGUCCUGCUCCUGCAGCUCAGGCUUGCAAGAGCUCUCAGCCCACGUGGGCGAUGGAGGAGAAGCUGACUGGACUCCAAA